AUGAAUCAGUUAUUCGUCGCCAUCGAGAUCAUCAUUUUCAAUUUGGUCGGCUUAUUCGGCAAUAUUAAUUUGCUUGUUUUAACCUUCAAAAAACCAUCGUUACACAAUAAAUCAUCGUUCCUCCAAUGCUGCUUGAGCUUCUCCCAUAUAAUCUGCCUGCUGUUCGAGCUCCCAAAUGCUUUCUUACUAAUCACUGGCUUGAAGGUCUCGAGAAGCUUCUGCUAUCCAGCAAUCUCCCUAUAUAUAUUCUUCAUAUGCACUCAAGCAAUGCUUAUGCUAAUGCUUGUUAUAGAUUUAUAUGCUAUAAUAUUCCUCCCAAAAAUAUACCGUACUAUGGAUAAUUUUCAAUAUGUCAUGCUCUUUCUGACGCCGCCUCUGAUCUACUCAAGUUUUGUUUUAAUCUACGGCUUCUUGAAAAUUGACGAUCAGCUGCUUCUAUUCUGCAAUCCACCUUUAGCCCUACAUCCAACCGCCAGCCGAUUUUGGUCCCUAUCGAACGUCGUUAUCAACACAACAGUUCUUGCACUUUUUAUGGUGAUUAUCGUCAUUUUUCACUACAAAGGCAUGAAUCAGAAGAAAAAUACCCGAUGGCUUAUUAAACGUCCGAAAGUCACCGUCUUCAUUUUUCUCAUUUCAUGGUACACGUGCAUUCUAGGAGUCGAUUUUUUUGUGACGAUUGGCCUCAGUGGCAAUUCAUUAGCAUUCCUUCAAAGCAAUAUGGUAUUCUUCGCUCUUCUCUGCUAUUCUCAAUCGUUCUACGUCAUUCUUUGGCGAUCCUCUGAGUAUCGUCUUGCCUUCAUGGAACUUUGGGCAUGCGUGCCAAUCUUCAAAUCGUCAAAACUUCGCGACAAAUGGGCUGGAUCAUCGAAGAAGCGCACGACGCGAGUCUCCACAAUAGUCUCGACGUGA